UGACUUUAAAAAAAAUUCAAUCUUACUUUAAUAAUUUAUAUCCCAGUUUUUGUAGUUAUUAGUUUAAUACACUUCACGUUAAUAAAGAACCUGGUGUUAUUGUUGUGUUUAUGAAUCGGUCAAUGUUCAGCGAUCCAGAAUCAGAAAAACAAAGUUAACUAACAAUAAUUAUCAGGUAUUUGAAAUGUGGUUUUUUACAUGUAUUUAUCUGGUCUGAUUUAUUAUUCAUAAACAAAAACACCAAGCCGGAAGCUGACAGAUAAUACAAAAAUAAAUGCCAGUCAAUUUAACAAAAAUUAUAAGAAAUAAAUAUUUCCAUCAUAAUCUUUACUCCUGUUUAUUUAAUAAUUUAUUUAAAAUGUAUUUAUUUGAUAUAAGACACACUUUUAUAAUAUGUUAAUGAGAUCCUGUUCUCAAUAAAUGAAAGGUUUAUUUUGGGCCAAUCCAUUCUUCACUGGAGGGGGGACUGACUGGAUGUCAUGAGGAGAAUAUAACCACCCCCCCCCCCCUCCCUUAUAUAUUUGUACUAUUCCAAAUUGACAGCAAUUCAAGAUUUCAGUUGGUACGGUCCAAACAAAUUCAGACUUCCCGCUCCUCUGACUUCCUCUUUAUAAAUCUGAUCAAGUGUGAAAACCCGGGCUGAGGUUGAAGGAAGAGACGCAAUGGACCUGAAGGCGUUGGAGACAAAGUGGAGGACGGCGCUGAGCUCCAUCCUGGACCAGCUGACGGCCGACGAGUUCCGGAAACUUCUGUUUAACCUGGAGAAGAUCCCUCAGGGGUUGAAGGAGGGGCGGGUGCGGGGCGACAUGCCCAGCGUCAUCAUCCAGCACUACAGCACCGAGGGAUCCAUCACACUCAUGGACCGCCUGAUGAAGGACCUUCCCCGGCUGGACGCCGCUGUGCAGCAGCCGCUCAGAGGCAUGAAGGACGAGUUGAAGAAACUUCGGCAGAAAAAAAAAGCCGCGACGAGCAAACCAGCUGACUCAGGAGCAGUGCCCAAGAAGAAGGAACCUGCAGCUGAGGUUUCCGGCGGUAGCGAAACCCAGAGCCUGGAUGACUCCAUCGAGAAACUCAUCCUCGCCGUGAAACUUCUGGCUCCACAGGAGAAAUCCAUCUUUGAUCUAAAAUCCAGUGGAAUUCUUGAGACGGAAGCAAUUGUUGGGAAAGUUGUUAAAAAAUCCGAGCUGGUUUAUCCUGAGAGUCCACUUACCUCCGUUAAAGACAUCAAAUCAUCUCCUCUCAAGACAUACGUGAGCGUCGAAGGAACAGUCACCCAGAUUGAUCCCAUCAAAAAAGUGAAGGUGCAACACGAGGAGAAGAAGACGAAAAGGUUCAAACUGAAACAGGAAGCUGAGGAAAUCAGCGUCACCCUGUGGGACGAAGCCAUCAAGCAGAGCAAAGACCUUUCAGUCGGAGACGUCCUUCUUCUGAACAACAUGAAGCGCAAGGUGUACUUAAGGGAAGUGUAUCUCAACUCAACUCAGUUCACCAAAAUCACCAAGGAUCAGAGUGCUGCUCCUGUGCAUAUCAGGAAGAUUAAAGUAAUCACAUUACUCCGCACCACCAAAAGAAACGCUCACCUGCAGGUGCAGUUUGAGGGUCGUUUUCAGGAAGUUUACGGAAAGACUCAAGUCCUUUCUGAGGGAAUGGGCUUCAGAACCAUGGAGGAAUUCAACAAAGGCUUUUUCCACAUGCUGCCUCUCACUGUGAUGGCGAACAUGCAAGGAAAGAGGAUUCUGGAAAUGAGAAUGAUCUGACACGUCAUUUAUUUUCGGAAACGCUGUUUGCUUUGAGUCAUGUUGAGGAGUUUCAAUCCUUUCCAAUCUCAUGUUUUACUAAUAAAGAGAUUCUGUUAAUCCUGUGCUUCAAUAAAUUGGUCCUUUUAUUUGCAAUUGGUG